AUGUGCGGAAGAUAUGCAUUGGCCCUGCGGCCGUCCCAAAUCCGUCAGAUGCUCGAGGAAGAUGGACUAGAGAUUGAUGAAGCACCAGAGGAUACCGGGGAUGGCGCCCCUCGAAGCAGCUAUAACUUUGCCCCAGGAUAUCACGGUGUCGUGUACCGCGCCAGCAUAUCAGACCACAAUACGACACGAGAAGAUGAACAAGGUGAGAAGCAGAACGACGCCACUCAGGAUCCCAAGGACCAAAAGGGCUAUGUCAAGUACAAGCUCCAGUCAAUGAAAUGGGGUCUUGUGCCUUCGUGGACAAGAAGGAAACCAGCCUAUGGGUCUAUGUUAAAGACCAUCAACUGCCGUGAUGACUCCCUCAGCUCACCUGGGGGAAUGUGGGCCAGCAUAAAGACUCGCAAAAGAUGCAUCGUGAUUGCUCAAGGAUUUUAUGAGUGGCUCAAAAACGGAAAGGAGAGGUUGCCUUACUACGUGACGCGAAAGGAUGGACAUUUGAUGUGCUUUGCCAGCCUUUGGGACCGCGUACAGUUUGAAGGGACGGGAGAUACAUUGUACUCAUACACAAUCAUCACCACAAGCACCAACUCAAAACUCAAGUUUCUUCACGAUCGUAUGCCGGUGAUCUUUGAUACUACUUCAUCGAGUAUUGCGACAUGGCUUGACCCAUCGCGAAAAGAGUGGUCCGAUGAGCUGCAAGGACUUCUAAAGCCGUUCGAAGGAGAUCUGGAUGUUUAUCGAGUUUCUCAAGAUGUCGGUAAAGUCGGCAACAACUCACCCACCUUUAUCGUCCCAUUAGACAGCAGGGCGAACAAGUCCAACAUAAUGAACUUCUUCAAUAAUAACCACCCAGAAAAUCAAAAGUCAUUGCAGCCAUCGAUGCAUGGAGGAGCUCAAGCCUUCAAAGAAGAUAAGACGCCCAGUAGGAUAGUUCAAAAAGAUACAGGACUUGGUCCUAAGCAACCGACAGCUAGAAAACGCAAGGCUGAAGAGAGUCUUAACCCCUAUAAUGCUCUAGAGGGCAAUAUAGAGCGUAAAUAUAGAGAUGGUAUUAAUGUAUUAAAAAAUAAAAGGCAGAGUAAAGAAAAAGAUAAAAAGGAAGAAUUUAAAAAAAUAACUAACUUUUUUCAAAGUAAAUAA